GUGGAAAGCAUAGAGCCUCGCGUGGAAUAGUAAGUUUCACUAAGUUAUUCAGUACUGUAACCUGUGUAUUGGCGAUCAGAAGCCUUCAGAUGUCUGCAACUAAAUUAGACAUACACGCGGGAUUUUAACAUGAAAUCGAGCGUUUCGUAUUGUAAUGCACGGGACAAGCGGCAGGACACGCGCCGCUCCGGCUCGCGCUGAUCCGGACUCGCUCCCCGCAGAUGUGGCUUCCCGGCAGAUGCGCUGUCGUGCUUCAUGCGUCAGGCGGCGUGUCAGUGCGCAGCCGCCGCUGCACUGAGCGCAGAAAGCCGGAGCACAGGCGCCUGGCGAACAUGGCACUCGACAAUUUCCUUUUCGCACAGUGCAUCCUCUACUUCCUGGCGUUCGUCUUCGGCUUCAUCGCCGUAGUCCCCCUGUCCGAAAACGACGAUGACUUCCAGGGUAAAUGCCUGCUCUUUACUCGGGGCAUGUGGCAGAACGAGAACAUCACGGUGGCGAAGCAGCGCUUCAUCGUGGAUGAGUGGGGACCCGAGUCCUCCUGCAGCUUCAUCACCUGGAUCGGGAUCGCGUCCCUCAUACUGUCCGCAGUACAGGCGUGGCGGCUGCUCUUCUUCCUCUGCAAAGGCCACGACGACUCCAUCUUCAACGCCUUCCUGAACCUCCUGGUCAGCUCCCUGGUGGUCUUCGCAGUCUUCGUGGCCUGCACCAUCAUCAGUGUGGGCUUCAACCUCUGGUGUGAUGCCAUCACGGAGAGUGGCAGUAUGGUCAGCAGCUGCGAGGACCUGCAGGACACCGACCUGGAGCUUGGCCUAGACAACUCCUCAUUCUACGACCAAUUUGCCAUCGCGCAGUUUGGCCUCUGGGCGGCCUGGCUGACCUGGCUGGGCAUCGCGGUGCUGGCUUUCCUCAAGGUCUACAACAACUACCGCCAGGAGGACCUGCUGGACAGCCUGGUGCGCGAGAAGGAGCUGCUGCUGGGCCGCGGCGCCCGCCGCUUCUCCGACGCCGAGGACAGAAGCGCAAUGAUCUAGGCUGUGCACAGGGAGGUCGCGUUGCUUACAAACUUCCUGUGACAACUGACCGUCAGGCUGGUGGGUGGGGUCGGGACCCAGGUACAUCUCUCAUUGGAUCAUAUCAUAUGACCACACCAUCCAGCCCUCCCCUCCCCAGGAAACACACGAAAGGGCUAAACAGUGACCCCAGUCGCUAUUCCUCAUCUCCCUCUGUGAAUUGUGGGUCAGCGUUCCCACGGAUACCUCCCCCAUGUCCCUGUCCAAGAACCGGGUUCGAGUCUCACAGCACACAACGGCGUCACAGAGGGGAAAGCGAAUCAGCCAUAUUCCGGGUCCACCCCCAGGUUGAAUGUGGAGUCUGGGUGGUGGAAGUUUGUAAACAACGCCCCCCCACCCCCCCCUUGGAGAUGGGCAUUCGUUGCUCGUAGGCUCCUCCUAGUGGAGCACGUCGCAUGCAGCAGCAAGGUGUGUGUAGUGCCUGCUUGAGCUGUCACAUGUGCACAGCUGGCUAACAGUGGCGUGUAAAGAGCCGUACAAACACAUGUGGUUUAGCUGCGCUUUCCCCCCCCCCCACGUCACAUGUGUGUCUGUAUGAAUCUUUUGGUGUGAUUAGUGCUCGUUAAUCCCAUCUCAGGUCCCAGCUCCUAUAGGCAGGCCUGCGCUCUCUCCCAGUAUCAGCAGGCCGCGAUCAUGAUGGUGACACUUCUGGCUUCCUUACUGACCAGCAUCCCUGUGGCCACCAGUCUGUAGGAGCCGUUCAGUAAGACGAAGCCCAGGCCUUCUCUGCUUGACGGUCUACUGGCUGCACCUGUAACCCCGCCCCCAUCCUGCUACGCUUUCUGCAUCUGUCAUAAGGUUGAGCCCCCCCUCAUGCAAACCAUGCUGUGCACACACACACACGCACACACACACACACACACACAAAACACACUGUGCUAUCUGAUGUGUGUUUGCAAUGCCGGUCCUUUAUUGAAAAUGAUACAGACAAAAAAAAUUGAUAAACAAAAAAAAUUAUCAUAGCGGGGGGGGGGGGGUGUGUAAGGGUAGCUGACGAAAGGCACUUCUUUGGAAAGUGGCUGCGUACAUCCCGUGAGCAGUGCCACAGACACCGGGGCGGAGAAGCAGGGCGGUGCCUGAACCGGCGGGAAGCGGCCAGGCGGGCGGACGUUUGCGCGGCAGCCAGACGUUGACGCGGCACACGGCACUCGCCGCUGUCGCAUAUUGCUUUGAAUUAAAGGACAAAGGCUUCCUACUAAUCUGUACCAGUCUGUUCCCUGAAACCCGUGGUGACAUUUAUCAAAACUUACAUGUAUUAUUGCUCUUAAAUUAAAGUCGUACAUGGCUGUAAACCAAA